AAUUUUUUCUCCCGUGCUCCAAACUCCUCAGGCUAGGGUUUGGUUUCAUGAUUGGAAGUUCUUUAAGAAGAGUCCUGGAGGUGGAUGAAGGAUUCAAGAAAGCUAUUAGAGUUAGAAUAGACUUAGAUGUCGAUAACCCACUAAGACGAUUCAAGACUUCUCAAAUUACUGCUACAGAGAGUAGGAAACUCAUGAUUAAAUAUGAAAGACUCCUAGAGUUUUGUUUUGUUUGUGGUUGUUUGGGACAUGUCGAGAAUGAUUGUGAAAUUGCUCAUUGCAUUAAAGAUGCAGGUGGUAAGAUUAUCAAAUGCUUUGGUCCUUGGUUAAAAGCUGAAUUAGAGAACUCAUGGUGCACAGACGAUUUUGAUGUUUUGGAUGAAGCCUUCUCUGCAAAUACCCAAAUUUUGGUGGGAGAAAAGGGCAUAGAUGUUACAAAGCCUUCUGAGAAUGAAGAAAUCCAAUCACUAAAUAAUAUGCCCAUUUGUGGAAGACAAGUUGAGGGCGGUAACAAUGAGAAUAGCAUAAAUGAAGUAGAGACAAACCAGUCUCGUGUUGUUUUGCCUCUAAUUGCUAAGGUACAAUUGGUGGACGUUCCUUUGUCCCAACAGUUUGGGGACAUGAGUAAUCAUAGAGGGAAAGGGAAAAAUACAAAAGCAAAUAAGAGUAGUUGGAAAAGGAUAGACCGUGUAGGGGGAUCCAUGUUGCACACAGAGGAACACACUCAAAACAAGUGGAGGAGUUUUCUAACGCCUAUGGAGGAAGAGAGAACCCUUAAAGUGCUUGUAGACAAUACAGGGGUGGCGUUAGCCCAAUUGGCUAAAAGGCCAUUACCCUUCUGUUGGUUGAAGCAUGUAUUAGAAAGGGACGACAUCUAACGGGUUGGGGACUGUUGAUGUUGAGAUUCCCUGCUCUCCCUAUGAAGCUGGCUAAAUAAGUGAGGAUGUCCAAU